AUGUCUCACUGCCUUGCUCUGAUCGGCGUUGACUAGCUCGCUUCUCGCUUAGCUUAGAUUUUGUGUAGCACGUAAACUUGGCAACAACGCAAGUUACGUUUAGAUUCGCCUAUGCAUGGAUUUGCCUAACUGGUGCGGUUGCCAAAUCUCGUACCACGCACGCACAAGAGUAUUACUCGGAAUUGUUGGCAUGUGAAAUCCACCACAAAAAACUUUUUUCAUUUUGGCCUUUGUGUAUGUACGUACCUCCGGAGUGAUUUUUGGAAGUAUCGGAGCAGUACAUAUCAUACGACUUCGUUAAAUUCUAUGGUUCUCGGACCUGUGUCAUCUGUGCAAGCCUUUUUGCAAAAUAAAAAUCUUAGGUUGACAAGACAUAUUGAUUAAUAUGUGAGGUUUCAACUACUUGUGGAAGAAAUGUUGAUAUAAUAUGCUAGGAGUCCUGAUACAAUAACAGAGUGUCACAUUUUGGACUUUGAACCAAGGGAGUCAAGAAGUUGAAGAUCCAGCUGAAAGACCAUGUUAUGAAUUGACUCUAUUAAGCAACUAACGACCUUUGCCUUGGCUUUGGGCAUGAGAAGAACUCAAUACGAGCUCAUUUCUUUCUCGACAGAGACAGUCUAGCACAAUGAUCAUGAAGUUCUUCUAUGUGGUGGACUGCUGUAUAGUUAGGAUAAUUUUCAUCGCUUGGUGAUAGACCAGAAUAUAUGCAUUAUUUCUAAGGACAUCUUCAAUUGAAACUGCUAUCAAUUACGCAAUUAAUUUACACACAAGAUGAACAAGGUGGCUCAACAACGGAGUAAGUGCUCGAUUAACGAUAGGAUGUACACAAAAAGGCACAAAAGAAGACUCGUACAAAAUAGAACUGAGAAGAAUAUGGAAGUAAUAAAGAAAUUCAUCAAGAAAUGUGUUGAUAAUAGAAAUGAUUAUAGCAAUGUAGCUGAUACUCAGUCAUCAACUACGCAGAUACAAGAAAAAACUGAUGAAGUUUACUUGAUUAGCAACGAAAUCAUUGACCCUAUCAAGAAUAGUAAUGAAACUCUAACUAGCAAUUUUCAUACGAAGAUACUCGGCUGUGAAACCAUUGCUGACAAAUUUACAAAUGAUGAAUGGUACGACUGUAUCGACGAAGAUAUAAUAAUGAAAGACACUGAAUUUGAAUACCGGUAUAGCGAUUGUGAGGAUAGCGGGUACAGCGAUUGCGAAUCGAGUGAUGUUUGUGAGGCCGACGAUCCUAGUAGUUCAGUUAAUUAUAAAUUUAAUGUCACGAAUACUUUAUCUGAUAAUAAUUCAAAGAGCGAAAAUAUCGGUAAUGUGUCUGAUCAAUUAAAAACUCUACUUCCUGAAUGGGUCAUUGACAAUAAUAUAACACAAACAGCUAUUACCAUUAGAUUCAAGAACUUUACUUAAAACUCCUGAACAUACAGAAAUUUACAAAAUAAAUGGAGGCGAAUACUGCCAUUUUGGAUUAUCUUCAUGUUUAGAAAAAAUUGCACUAGAUAGAAGAUUAUUAAAGAUUGAACAAAAAACCAUAGAUCUAUUAAUCAACGUCGACGGAGCUCCAAUGGGAAAAAGUACUGCAAAAACGUUAUGGCCUAUGUUGUGCUCGGAUAAGCUAGGAAAAAAUGUUUAUAUUGUAGGCAUCUUUAAUGGAUGUUCCAAACCUGAAGAUUCUGAUGAAUUCUUGAAAUUUUUUAUAGAAGAAGCGAAGAAUUUUGUUAAUAAUGGUAUCACCAUAUUGAAAACGCAUUAUGAUGUAAUCAUUGAUGGCAUAAUUUGCGACGCCCCCGCAAAAGCCUAUAUAUUGGGAGUGAAAUGCCAUUCAGGCUAUUCUAGUUGCACGAAAUGUGAAAUUGUUGGUCAAAUGAAGAAAUGCGUUUGUUUUCCAGGAGGGAUUUCGACUUUAAGAGAAGAUGCCAAAUUCAACGAGUUUGCCUAUUCCGAUGAAGACAAAAAAAAAAUUAUCAAAAAAAAAUCAAGUUUAUCAAAAAUACCUAAACUAGGUCUAGUAUCUCAAGUCCCUUUGGACCCGAUGCACUUGGUAUUUUUGGGUGUCUGUCGCAAAUUAUUUUUGAUUUGGUUGUUCGCGCGACUUUCUUGUAAACUUCCAGCAUAUGUAAUUAAUCGCAUUUCUGCUGCAAUGAUCACAUUAGCCGAUUAUAUUCCAUACGAGUUCGCCAGGAAACCACGAAGUUUCAAAGAUAUUAAAUUCUUUAAAGCCACAGAAUGGAGACAAAUCUUGUUAUACAUUGGUAUAAUUGUUUUGAAAGAUAAUGUAUCUCCUGCUAUCUACAACCAUUUUGUAGUUCUACACGUUGCUAUAAGUAUAUUCAGUAAUCCAUUGAUGUGUAAAUAUAAUUCUUGGAUCGAUUAUGGUGAAAAAUUGCUGUGUAUGUUUGUUCCUACAUUUCAAAAGCUUUAUGGUCGCCGUUAUGUAUCUCAUAAUGUGCAUGGUUUGUAUCACUUAGCUAAUGACGUACGAAGAUACGGAGAAUUGGAUACAUUUUCAGCCUUCAGGUUUGAAAACUUUAUUGGACGAAUAAAAAAUCUAAUCCACAAUGGGAAUCGGCCCUUACAACAAAUAUCGCGCAGACUAACUGAAAUCGAAAAUCGAAAGAGUAAAGAAUUUUACAUGUGCAAUGACAAUAUUCCGAUUUUUAAACAACAACAUCAUACAGGUCCUGUAGCAGACCAACCUACAGAUGUAUUACAGUACAAAGUUGGGAUAUUCGACACAUUCAAGAUAAAUUGUGAUGAUGAUAAAAACAGCUACGUCUAUGUCAAUCAUCAGCACAUAGUUAAAGUUUUGAAUAUUGUAUGCAACAACAAAGAUUACUGCAUCGUUGGAAAGAAAUUGGAUAUUCUAGGGCCUGUAUAUACGCAGCCUCUAUCUUCUAGUCAACUAGGAAUUAAUGUUGUACAGAAAAACGACAGCGCGUCUCCUGAAUGUUGGAAAAUUGAUGAUAUUACAACCAAAGUGUUAAUAUUACCAUACAAGCAAGUUAAAGUAGUUUUUCCGAUUCUACACACACUACGCAAUAAAAAGGAAUAAAAUUUCUUUGACUGUUACAGUGAUUUGAUUGUAUAAAGCUGCUGCUAUUUGUAAAAUCAUACCGCGCGACUUAUAGAGAAAAACAUCCGCGUUCUUGUACUUGUAUUAUAAUUAAUCUCGAUGAAUAUGAAAAAAAAUCAGUCAUACAUCGCUGUACUUGUAUUAUAAUUAAAUUUAAGAUCUCAAAGAUUGUCAAUGACGGCUGUAUAAAUAUAUCGAAAUAUCGGAUUCGUAAUACAUAUUAUAAUUGAACUACUGCGUGAUAAGAAAAAAAAACAAAUUUGUUUUGACCGUAUCUGACUGUGUUGGAAUAUUUUCGUACAGGAGGCGAUCAAAAUGUUUUAUUCUUCCGUUGAACGAGUUUGAAAAAAAACUUUGUUUUCAAUGUUUACGAUGGUGGGUUUCAAUAAUAUAAAAUAAUGAAUGUGUUUUCAACAAAAUUUAGCUUUUAAUUGCCGUGUUUUUUCAUUACAAGCUGAACAAAAAAAUCUUUAGUAGUUUAUUUGCGGCCGCGGAUUUUUUUUCAAACUGUUCGACCAAUAAUCAUGAAAAAAAAGUCCGAUUAAAAUUGAAUUCUUUUUACAUAUAAGAUGAUUAUAAAAAUAGUUUCACUUUAUAGAUGACACAUUCCUUCAAAUUAGCUCUACAUUCGUGCUUGACAAAAAAAUUAUUGUACUUUUUACUUGAAAAAAAAAACACACGUUCGAGAGAAACUAUGUGUUUUUUUCCUAUAAUGGUCAAUAUUAUUUCGUAGAUAUUUUGAUUUUGAAACGUUUUUUUUUGUAAAAAAAGUACCACCCUGUCCGAAAAAAAUAUAAAAUACUAAAAAAGGUGUAUCUCAUCUCGAUGAAUAUGAAAAAAAAAUUUGUUUCACACCGCUGCGUUGACAAAAAAAAAUCGACGAACGUAUAUCAGACUGAAUGUGAUUUUUUGCGUAAGAAAUCCAAGUGCAUAAAGCCACUUUGCGCAAUUUUAAUUUUGUGUAGAGCUUAAUAUAAUGAAAAAGCGUAACCAAAAAAAAAAGCCUAAGAUUGUUGCCUUGCGAGAUUAAUGAAAAUGUUGAUAUUAAGAAUAAGACGAUAUUAUCAAAUUGUUCUGCUUUGUACGUAUUAUUAAGAUUAUAAGUUGUUUGUAAACUAAAUAAUGUAACAUUUUGUUCAUCGAAAAAUAAAACAAGAUUUUGAAAAAAAAAUUCAAAA